UAGGUAACGACGUGUCUCGCGCGCUGUGAAGUGUGUUACUAAUUAUUAUUUUGCAACCGAAUGUUCCCGAAGUAUUAUUAGUAUUAAAUAUGUUUUUGGUGUUUCGUUAGUGCGUCAGAAUAAUUUCACAACAUCACUUAACUAUGGUAUUCGCUAAAUGGAACAGCCCAGCACUUCCAAUAAAAGCUAUGAGCUGCUAGAUAUGUCCGAAUCCGAUAGCAGUUCGUCUACACACGUACCGCCGUUGAUAUUGACUUCGCCGAGAAAGAAAAGAUACAGGAAGUACGGUACUGUUCACGACACGAUAUUUUCAUCAAGUCGUUUUGUUUUCUUACAUAUUUUAUUAAUUGGUUGUUUUUUUUUCACUAGGUUCGGCAGCAGUCGAGAUAAAUUUGUGGAAAAAGUUACAUUUGAGAAAUGUCAUCUCCAAACUCGUACGGUUUGCUUGUUUUUCAUCCUGUCCGUUCUCAUUGUCUGGCUGGUGACAAUGAGUUGGUUCAUCAAUGCGCUACAAAACGAAUUAGACAAGUUCAACCAUACCAUUAUUACAAGUAAUACUAUAAAAGCCAAGUAGAAUAAUUGUUAUGACAUGAUUUUGUUAGGUACCUCUAUCAUACCAUCUGUAUUGCUAUAACCUACCAUUAGAAACAUAAUAUUGUGAAUGUUGUUUUGAAAAAAGUAUUUUAUUUGGAACUUGUAUAUGAUGAAAUCAUACAAAUGGGUAUACCUACUAAUAUAUUUCUUUAAGUGGAUACCUAUGCACAAAUUAAUAAAGGUUGUGUAUUUCAAAUAAGGUUUUCAAUAUAGUCAAAAAGGGUAAUUGGUAUCUAAAUUGGAUGAAAAUAUUUACAAAAUUAUUGUAAUUAAAAGAUAUGCAAUAAUUGCAAUAAUUUAUAAUUAUACAAUAAAGCAAUAAAGUAUUAAUUGGAAAUUUAAAAAAAAUAAAUAAGAAAUAAGAGAUUAUUUUUAAUCAUUAGAAUAUUAAAUUGCUUAAAUUAAAAUUUGACAUUGAAAUGGUACAAAAACCCUGAAUUGAAGAUAGUAUUAAAAUAUCUAAACAUUUUUGAUUUGUAAACAAUUUUAUUUAUUUAAUAAUAAAAUGUUUAUUUAAUAGUACUCCCUAUCAUAAUGUCAUAACCUUGUACAAACAGUAAUUAAACAAUGCAAUUUAAAACUAACUAUAUUUUAUAUUUUUAAAACUUACAUAAUGUCUGUAUAACUUGAGGUAUAAUGCAUUUCUAAUGUGGGAUUUCAUUAUAAUUUUAAUACCAAUUCCUACAUGAAUUUAUUUUAGUCAUUAUUCACAGAUAAAAAAUUAUUAAAUAGGUGUUACAAUAACAUUUGUUGUCUCUGUCUGUCCAACAGGUAAUAUAACAAAAAUUAUUUUUUCUUCCAAUAGAUAGAACUCAUAAUCUAGUAAACCCAAAACAAAAAAUUGUUCACCUAAUUAUAUUCUACAUUUAAUAUGUUUUCAUAGAGGGAUUUUUUUGAAAUAUAUUUCCUAGAUAAUAAAUGCAUAGUUAAAACUUAAAAAAAUAAUAUUUUUUUUUAUCUUAUUACAAAAUUACAUUUAAAAUAUCUAAAAAAAAAUCCCUCUUUGAAAACAUAGUAAAUGUUUUAAAUUUUAUUCUGGUGAAAUAAUUUUUUAUUUAGGUCUAUUAUUACUAUUAGAAGUAUGAAAAACCUCAUUUUUUCAUGAUAGACAGUAAUGAUAGCAAAUGUUACGCUCCUCUUAAGUAGAUACUAUACUUUAAAUUAUACAACUGAUAAAUAUUAAAUAAUUAAGUCUUAAAUAUUUAAAAAUAAAAAUGUUUUAUUCAAUAAAUCUAAAAUAAGUCUACUAAUAUUUUGUAGAUAUUUCACAAACUAAUAAAUACAUUUUUAUUGUAAAAAUAAUUUAAAAUCAUUAGUAAUGAAAAUUAUCUCUGUCUUAUCCAGCUAUUUAAUAUUUAUGUGUAUUCUUUUGUUAUUGAAUCUUAAUUCUAUUAUUUGUCUAAUAUAGUAUUUUUAUAAUACUUUAUAGCAAACAAAUUUAAAAAUUGUUAAUACCUAAUAAACUAAUUAAAUACUUGUUUAUGAUUUCCCAGUCUUAAAAACUCAUGACAGCAAAUUUUCAGCAAGUACAAUUUUGUACUUUUAGUUUUAAUAUUAGAGUGAAUUGACCUAUUAUCAAACUUAAAACUAAGAACAUUAUCUGUGUUUAUGCAUCAGUUUUAAAAAAAUAAAAAUUCUCAGGUGUAUAGUUUUACUAGUAGCAAUCAAAUUAAACAUUUUCUCAAAUAGAUAACUUCAAUGAUUUUUAAAUGUUAUUUAUAAAUUAAAUAUAUUAUUUUUCACCUUAAAUAUACAAUAUGUUUUGAUAAAUUAAAUUUGAUAGUUAUAUUAAGUUUGACGAUUAAUUGAAUGACACAAAUAAUAUUUAUAUAAUAUGACCUUAACAAUAGAUCAAUAGAAUUAUUUACAAUUUAAAAGAGAAAAAGGUAUUGUAGGUCAAUAAUUAACAGUGGACACAUAAUUAGGUUAUUAUUAUUUAAUAAUAUUCAACAAUGGCGAAUAUUGUCUGUCAAACAGUUGACAGCCUCCCGCUUUCUUUUGCAUAGUGGUUUCAUAAUAUUUUGUACUAACACAACCUAUCUCUUAUUAGUUAAGUAUUGCAUAACAGAAUAUUAAAAUGCAUUGACUCAAUAAUUCAAUACGUAAGGUUUAUUAUUUUUCAAUAUAUUUUCGUAUAAACAAUUUUUGUUUGUUCUUUUAAUUUGUUGGUUAUUUAAUACACGGUCAUUCAAAGUUUACGUAAUUUCUAUUUAUUUUUGUAUGUACAUUUUCAAUGACCUAUAUAAUAUUAGAAAUGUUUACAAAUGAAACUUCUGUAAUAUUACUAUUGUCUAUGAAUACUUGUUAUACUCGUAUCUAUAAUACUACUAUAAAAUAUAAAACUACCACUGUGAAAUAAUUCACAGAUUCUAAUUACUAUUUAAUGUAAUUUUUAAUAAAAUGCCUUUGUAUAAAAUUACAAUAAUAUUUAAUUUUAUAAUUAAUUAAAUAUUAUCAGAAAUAAAUAGUUGAAUUACACAUUUUGAAAUAUGUACAGGCCAAUAAAAUAUAAUAUUAUCACACAGGAAUUUUGCUUCGGAACAUGAUAUUAUUGUAAAUGCAUGAUCUAUUAUUAAAACUUAUAAAUUUUAUGCAUUAAAAUUAGAUACAAAUAUCAAACACAAUUAAUAUAUAAUCACAGCACAUUGUUAUUAUGUUAAAUUUCAACGGCAAGAUAUUAAAUGAUUAUGUUUAAUUUUGUAAUUUUUACUGGUUUUUUUUUUCAUGUAUUUUUGAAUCAUUAUACUUCAUAGGCAACAUCAAGUUUUGGGGUUUUUUCCCUGUCUAUAAACACAUUUUUUAUCAGAAGACUUUCUCUGAGUGUUGUAUGCCGCCAUAAAAUCAAAAAAAAACCAAUUUUAUUUUUAUUUUCGAAACUGCCUUCUAUAUAGUGUUGACAAAGGUUUAAGAUUUGGCCAAUGUACAUUUUCUCAGGUCUGAAACCGGCUUGUUCUAAAAUUAUUUGUUUGUCUAUUUGCGUUUUUAUACGGUUUAGGUACAUUUUUUCUUAAAGUUUGUAGGUAUGACAUAAUAAGGAUAUUGGUCUAUACAUUUUCGGAUUGCUUAAGUCUGCCCGGUUUACAGGAAUUGCCACCACUUAAGCAUUUUGUUACAUUUUCGGUACGGAUUUAUUUUGUAGGUAAACAUUUAAUAGUUUGAAAAGCCAGUUUCUAUAGUUUUGAUCCUGAAAUAUUUUAUUUGUUCUAUAGUGAUUUUGUCAUAUCCUGCUACUUACCCGUUCUUCAUUUCUUGAUCUUCCUUUUUUACUUAAGUAUAAUUGUUUUCCCAUGACUGAGUAGCUCUGAAGCUAUCUAAUUUGUAAUUUGGGUUCAAGUUUCUGAAUUUCUUUAUCUAUAGCCAACUCAUAUUGUUCCCAAUCAGCUUUUCUGUCAUUGAAUUUUCUUUUGAAUUGUACUGUUUAAUGGUGACAAGUGUUUACAGUAUUGUAUCAUGAAAACGGUGUAGUAUUUACCUAUAUAUCGGUGGCUAAACUAAAAUAUGUUGUAUAUUUAAAAAAGAAAAAAUCUACUUACCACAUAAAUAAAAACACACACAACUUUAAAAAAUUGUUUACAAUAUUUUUUCUAUUUCCUACGGAUUGAAAUCCAUCGAUGUCCGUACAUUUUCAAGAAAUUCUUAAAAAUACCCUAACAGAAUUAAGGUCUUCGACAUCAGGUUGUAGACUAUCCCGAUAGGAACGCCGAAUAUAAUCGGAAACUGCCUAUUAUGGUUGUAGGCCAGGACGGUUAAUAUGCGGACGGAUGUAUCCGAAUUGGUCGUACUCCAUAUGCCGAAUCAAUUCCCGUUUAAUACUUACAUUUUAUAAUAAACAGAAUCAAUGUAGGUAUAAUGUACUUAGUAUAUUUUUAAACUUUCAUCAUACUACGGCGCGGCGGGUAUUUUACAGUUAUAAGAGUAAUAAAAUAAUAUUAUAUCGGUGUAUUGCCAAAAUUCCGCAAUCGAUUAAAAUAACGUCAAUCCAUCUGGAUAUACGUAUCUAUUUGGUUAUAAUGUAUACCGAAUAUAAAAUUAUGGUAAAUUAUGUAACUCUUAUAACUUCCGAGCCCUAGUUAUUAAAUAGGUACAUGGUACCUAUUAUUUUUCAUUGUUAAAAUAUUAAAUACAAAAAUAGUGAACAAAGUGCAAAAAUUUAGGUGAUCUUAUUAUAGUAGUAUUCAAACCGUGACCCCUAUAUUGUUUCAACUUUUUAGAGCUUUAGGUGUCUUCAGUUGGUAACAUUUUAGAUUCUGAGCACAGCGAGGAAUGUACCCAUUGGCUUCAAUAUGAUGUUUUUUUUUUUCUAUUAACAACUUUUCUACUUAAAAUAUUGCUUCGAUUUUCACGUGUAAUAUCUUUUCUAAAAUCAAAUUUCAUCUCAUUGAUGAAUUAGGUGGUCAUAUAUUGAUUUGCCUUGUAUUUUAGAUUCCGAGCGUAGCAAGGGAGCUGUUGAUUUUGCAAUGCUGUUUAUUUUUUUUAUUUUUUUAUUUUUUUGUUCUAGUCUGUGGACACGUUUUUUCUUAGUAAACUUGAUCAGAUUUUUACGUGUAGCAACUUUCUUGAAAGCUCAAGUUGUUUAAAUUGUAUUUUAAGUUUAUUUUUUGAUUUUCAACGCCAUUUUUUAAAUAAAAGCACUUAAGUGAAGAAAAACAUAGGAAAACUUACAAUUUCACGAUUUAAUUAUAUUAUAAAAAACAGACGACGUUUUCUACCAAAAAAAAUGAUUUAAUCGAAAAAUCACAAGAUACAUUUUUUGUUGCCUUUUUGAUUCAAUAUCUUACGGUAUCAUCACCAAAACUUUUGAGCCAAUUUUGAGCUUAUAAGAAAUUGUAAUUUUUAGGAAUUUUUUUACUGUAAUAAAGUUAUAAAUACACGUAGAAACUUGAAACUUGGUAAUAAUACUUAUAUUGAAUUUACCUAAACGUAGUAAAAUUUCCAAGAUCAUCGGACAACUUUUUUUUUUAUUAAUCGUUUUAAAAUCAAAUUUAAACGAAAAUCGCAAAAAAAAUUACGGCACUUCAAAUUAUUUAUUAUCGAACUACCCUCGGAAUCGUCUUUCGUCAGCAUUUGUUUAUUAUUGCUAUAAAUAUAAAUUAAAUAACCUUAUGUAUCCUACCUUUUCAACUUCCCACCUACAACAGUGGCUGUACCCGUCCCCAGUGUUAGCUUUCUUUUUUUUUUAAUAAUCGGGAGAAAAACUUAAAGAAAAACCUGUCAAUUUACGGUAAUAACGAUUUCAUUAUUUUCGAUUUUGAUUUUCUAGCCAAAAUCUUUCUCCUAAUUGGGGUAUCCUACAUGUUGAAUUUUAUUGAUUUGGACAAUUGGUAGUAUCACAAAAAUGCAGGUACAUUAUUAGGCAUUUAUCGGCGUAUAUUCGAAGUCCGUGACUAGAUUUUGAUUAAAUUUGUAUGAGGCCUUGGAAGUAAACACUUUUAAAUAUAUAUAAAAAAAAACAUCGAAAUUGAUGCAUAUUAUGACGGAGUAAUGUACGUAAACUUUCUAAUUUUUUUUUGAAUUAUGUUAAAAAUUUCACGCGCCGUCCUUAUCGGUGGAUGGGUGAAAAUUAGUUUCUCAGUCACUGUAGCAGUUCGGCCGUCGUUUCCGCACAACUGUUGACGAUGUUGUUCAGGGAAACGUCCGCUUCUGGACGGGGGCGUGGGCGUAAAACUAUUGAUCGGUCGCACUCGCGCGUCGGCGUGUGCGACUCCUCUCGACAACGACGACACUACUAUACUAAUAUAUAUAACUGUAGUCGUUUUUGGAUGCCGGCGACGGCGUUGUUCGCAUCACUCGUUCGGCUGUUCAUAUUGUAGCCGCCCGUUCGCGUGUAACGCAAAACAUUCCUACACUAAUCUCGUGUCAGAGUGAAAAUCCUCCGGAGAUAAUGGCUCGUCCGGUCGUUCGUGGCGGCGACGGCUGCGGCGACGGCGUUUCGUUGCCGUAAGACCGAUGUACGGCUCGCGCUGCAGCUUAACUCGAUGAGCAGUGACGUGAGUAGGAGAUCGUCAGCCGGCGUCGUCGUCGGUGGUGGUGCGGUAGGCGGUGGUGCAGGUGGUAAGAAAAUGCGCAAGCGAAAGGAACUGGACGCGUUGACUGGCGUCAGCUCCGGUGGUGGAGGGGGUGGAGGCGGCACCACCGUGGUCGGCGUUAACCGCCGGAACCGCCGGCGCCUGAUGUGCUCGUCCGACUCGGACUCUUGUUCGUCGUCCCGGGCUCCCACGCCGGUAAAGCUCCGCCGGCAGAUUACCCGCCGUCGGAAGCGGCCGUUCGUUUCGGCAGACAACUGGUGCAAUGCCCUACGAAUGUUCCUGGUAUUCGGUUGCGCCGUGUGGAUCGUGUUUGAGACGUACACGUUCCUUGACAUCCGAAAAAUACAAUUGCACCUGCAGACGCAGCUCGAUGAAGGUGGGCCCCAUUCCCGGUUAGUCGCAUUAUUGCGGGGAACACCCUUCGAGACCAUCGACACGUCCUACCUAUCCGAAUCUAACCAGUCGGGCGAAUAUGGACUUCUUUCGAAUGACGAACGAAUCGUUAAAACAGUGUUUUCUUGAUUUUUAUCGCAACUGGUAGGGUGGGAUGUAGAGGGUUGAAGUUCUUCUUGGAUGGUAAAAUUGAGUCGGAUGUGUUGUGGUACUUUCAAUUUGUAUUUAGUCGUGGGUAUUCCGAUGCGAUUUUUUAAACUCGCAAACGUGUUAAAUAAGUUGUGUUAACCAAACCAAACAAAUCUAGUUGGGAUCACCUAUAUCAUCAUAUUACAUUUGUAAUCUCAAAGAAGGGCUUAAUUCAAUUUUGCAUAGUUUUCAGUACAAGUCAAUUAAAUUUUUAAAAUGCAUAUACACUUAUAUGCAGUUUAGACUCAAUAAUAAAGUUAAAAAAAAUACAUAAAAAAAAAAUUCCAAAAAUUGACUCAAGCUCUUCUUCUUGGGACAAAGAUUUAUUACUGUUAUAACAUAUAUGCACAGCUAACGUUUUAAUAUUUGUUUUAAUUAUAUCGUUCAUUUUCAGUCGCUGCGGGCAAUCGUGGUGUUCCCGACGAUUUGCAGAAAUGUCAUGCCAUGUCCAAACAGCUUCAACAAAAUCAAACGGAAAUCAAUCAACGUCUCACCGUGUACGACGGACGGAUUGCAAACUUAACGAUACAAGUGAGUCUCUUCAUUGCUUGUAGUACAGUGUUUACCAACCUAUGGUUCGUAACCCAAUAUUGGGUCGCGACGAAAGAAAAAUAUUUUGCUUAUAAUAUAAUAAAAUAGAAAAAAUAAAAAAUAAAUUAGUGAGGAUAAUAAAGAAAUAAACAAACGUGAAAAACUUAAAAUGUACGAAAUAUAGGUAUUAUUUACAAAAUAUUACGGCAUACUUUUUUCCUGUGAACAACAUACCUCUACCAUCAAUUUUGCUCCAAUUUACAAUGAUAGCCCUUUUUUAAAACAAAAAAUCCGACUGGGAAGGUACUUUAAGGAGGUCGAUUUUAGAUUUCUAUAAAAUUUUUCCAAACAAUUGUGAUAAACUGAGAAAAAACGAAAAAAUCGGUACAAUAAUAAACAAAUAUUAUUAAAGAAAACAUAUAAUACCUAUUUAAUUAUUUUACCAUAAUAUGGCAUACAUAGUGUUGACAAAGCAUGACUAUCAACUGAACUCCACUUAGAAUCGUUUUUUUUUGUUACCAAUGGUUUACCGUUGCUUAUAGAUAUACAUUAAAUCCCCAUUUGUAGCCUACCUUCCCAACUUCCUACCUUCACUAGAGUAGAGUGCAGUACUCUAAAGGUUUUUUAAAACCACGUAAUAAUAAUCAGUAGAAGUAGGUAGAUAUAGUAAUUUUUUAUUUAAAUUGUGAGCGUAACAAGCAGUGUAUUCGUUUUACCUCUUUAUCCACGUUUAAGAUUUGGUUAGAGGAGAGUAGUGGAGUAUCAUUUGUGUGGUGGUACGACACGCUGCGUGUUAAUAAUGCACCACUAUUCUUCUCUUCAACCUAAACUUAAAAGUGGAAUAUCUCAUCAACGGCUGGAUAGAAUUAAAAAUGUCAACACUCAAAUUUAUUUUAAUUAAUACUCCAACCUAUAGUUGGAGUAUUAGUUGCACACUCAUCGUGCGAAGUAUGUCCAUCUUUUUAUUGUUGUUGUUAAAUAAAAAAAAAAUGUUAUGUUGGACUCAUUAUUACAGGUUACUGAUUUGAAUACAAGACUGUUAUCAGUCGAGAAGAAAAUAAAUGAUAACACAGACCUAAUAUCAAAUCCUGACGCAAAAAAAGAUCCAUCUGUAAAAGUCUUAUCGUCAGAAGUGGCCAAACUUGGCAGCAAUUACAAAGACUUGAGUGACAGUGUCAAAUCACUCAAAGAUAUUGCAAGUUCGUUACAGUCGUAUCAAACGAUAUUAAGAGCAAACAUUACUUCUAUCAGUGUAGGUUUAUAGAAAAAAUGUUUGCCUUGUAAUUAAUGGAAACUUAUUCAUACAAUUAUUUUUUUAAACAGGAAAAAUUGAAUAAUGUUGGUAGUGUCAAGACUGACGAGACCAUGAUCAAUAAUGUGUCAGAAAAAUUACAUGAAUUGAUUGAAAACACAGCUUCCAAUGUGACUUCAAUAAAUCGAACGCUUACAAGCCGAAUUGAUUGGUUAUCUGGUGAUCAAAAAACCAAUCGGGUACUGUUAAAUAAAUAUUUUCAAAGUAUAAUCAAUUUUCAGUGGUGAUAUAAACUUCUUAUUUCAAUGACAUAGUAAAAUAGUUCAUCAUUCACCCAUUUCCUAAUUUUUUAUAUCAUCAUAAAAUGUAAAAAAAAAAAGUAAGAUAUUAAAUUCAGAUCUAGAUAAAUAGUAAUUUAUUCAUAACAAAAUAAAACCUGAGUAAACUUCAGUCAGUAUUAAAAAGUUUAACAUUAAAAUAAAACAAUUUUCUAUCCCUAUUUAUACCGUCACUGUCUAUUUGUUACUUAUGAUUUACUUUAUGUUUUUUUUUUAUUGUUUAUUUAAAAAUAUCUAUUAAUUAUUCACAGGGAGAAAUAGAAAAAUUGAAAGAGAAUAGUCAGAAAUUAAUCGCUCAAGUAAAAACAAUUGAGAACGUGUGUCAAACAACAGACACUAAAUUUACAAAAUCGUUUAAUGAAAUUGACUCGAAAGUAUUAUUUUAAUAAUUAUUGAAACUUCAAUCUUUUAAUAACAAAUAAAUUCAUUCAUUUCAGAUCAUUUCUCUAAGAACUCAAAUUGACAAAAUUGCAACCAAUGUUACCAGUUUACAUGCUCAAUCAAAUUCCAAUGAUUCUCUUACAGGUUCGAGUCAAUUAAAAGGUAAUGCUUAUAAUAAUUUUCUUACUAUAAAAAUAUUGCUGGGUUCUAAAAUGUAUGAUGACACUUUUAGCGAACAGUUUAUUUAAACAAAAUACUAAAACUAUUUAAUAAUUGACACUAGUACAUUAUUUCUUUUAUAAAAAUGUAAUUUCAAUAGAAUAAUAUUGAAAGAUAUAUUAAUAUUUUACAAUUAAGAAGGCGUUUUACCUGCAUUUGCUGUUUCUGUCCAACUAAUGGGUAAUAUAGCAAAAUCUACCUUACUGACUGUGAAACUUGCUUAAUUUUGAUUUUAGGUUAAAAGGACCUUAUAUAAAAUUAAAAGAGGACAUUAUUCUGAAAGGCAAGACUGUUUCUCUUUUUAAAAUGUUUUGAAAUGUCACAGUUAUUUAAAGAUGAAUUGGGUUUUAUUUCUAAAAGAUUUGAAUAUAUCAUUUAUAUAUCGUUAUAUUCAGAAUAAUAAAAAAAAACAUACUGUCUUGUCCUCCACAAUUAUUAUCCUCUUUUAAUAUUAUCUUUAAUUUGUAUUAUAUUAUAAUUUUAAUCUUUUAAUCUUAAAUGAUUUUACUCUAAAAUUAAAACUAAGCAAGUUGAACACAGUCUGCAUUAGGUAGAUUUUACUAUAUUGCCCGUUAAUUGGACUGAGACAGCACAAGUACAUAUGACAUCCUCUUAAGACACUUAGAUUGAAUAAAAUAUAACCAAAGAGAAGACAUUGGAGUUCUAUUGACACACUUCUCCCUCUCUAAAGUGGAUAAAUGACUAAUAGUAAUAAUAAAACAGAAGUAUUUGUAAAAAUAACACAAUAGUUUAGUUUGUUAUACUAUAAUUGUAUAUCUACUCUAAUACUCAUAAAACAAAAUUUGUAUAAAAUGUGAAAUAUGUUUUGUUUUAACGUAUAGUAGAAUAUAUUGUAUAGUGUCAUUAAAAAAAAAAAAAACAGGAGCACUCAACUCAAAAGGAAAAAAUUGAUUCUCAUGACCUAAUUCAUAAGUAUGCAACUGAUUUUUUCUUAUCUCGUCCACAAAAAUGCUUACGAUUAAAAUCAAUUGAAGUUCAUUAAAUGUUCUCCAGUUUUGCAAGUUCAAAACCAUCUGACAAUUUUUAUUACUACUGUAGCAGUAAUAUUUUCAAUGGUAUCUUACAAAAGAAGAUGUUCUGACUCAAUACAUCUCAACAGACCAAUGGGCACUUUAUUUGUAGCUUAUUUACACACGUAAUUUAAUUUCUUUUUUUUUUAUUGUCAAUACAUUGUAGCAGUAAUCAAAAUGACAUUUUAUGGAAGAUUUGUAAAAAAACAAAAAAAAAAUAUGUAUCAACAUGUUAAAUAAUUAAUAUAUAGUGAAAAGUUAAUUUAGUUGAUCUCCACUCUAACAACAAAAUCGGUUUUUUAUGUAUCAAAUUGUCAAAUGAUCCCAAUAAGUGACAACUACUGUACUUGAAAAUGUGAUAAACUACUUAUUAUUUUAAAAUAUCAUCUGUGUUCAAUAUUUUAUUAAUUAUCCUUUUCAACAAUAAAUAAAUCAGUUGAUUUCAAAUUAAUUAUUUUAAGUCACUAAAUAAAACUAUUUUAAAUUCAACCAUCAAUAUCGAAUAUAGUACCUUGUUAUUAUUUAUUUUUUUUUACAUUUCUAUUGUUAGUUUUAUUUGUAUCAAAAUUUCAUAGAAAUUAUUGUAUGUGUAAUUAUUUUUUGUUUUUCAUUUGUUUUAGGUGAGAAAAAUGGAACUCAGACAAAACCUUAAUAAUAAAAAAAAAUAUAUGUUCUUUAUAUUUUAAUGUAUGUGCACAAUGUUGAAUAAUUGUAUUUGUUUUUUAUUUUUUAAUUCCCUAAAAUAAUAGAUUUAAUUGUUAAUGUUAUAUAUUAAUUAAAAUGAACAUUGUUAUUUUGGUUAAAAAAAAAAAAAAAAAAGAGAGAAGCAAAAAAAAUAAUUUUAUAAAUUAUUUAACUUACCAAUUAAAAUUAAUUACUUGAUAUUUGAUAGUAAAAUUGUAUAAUUCCUAUUAAAUAUUAAAAUCAAAUUAUGUAUAUGAAUAAUUUUUACUGAGAUUGUCGUGUUUAAAUUAGAUGAGAAAUUUGAGCAUUUGUGAGCAAUAAUCUUUUUUACACUAUUCGUGUUUUAACCUUUUGUUUCUAGUUAAAGUAUAAAAUAUUAUUACAAGUAAAUCAUAUAAAUUAUUUUUCUACGUUUAUUGAAAUUAAUUUGGUUUAAAUUUAUUUACAUAUGCAUUGUUUUUAAUAUAUUUCACCAGACAAUUCAGUUCAUUUUUACAUACAUAUAUUAAUAAAUUGCGUGAAAUUAUUGUACUACUUUAUUUUUUUCAUGACAAC